AAUAACCAAGUAUUUAAGAACAAAAGAAAAGGCCAAGAUCCAAAGGAUUCAUCCGCUCUCGAUCACUUUCUUCCCUCCGCCUUCUAGAGAAAACAAGAAAAAUCGCACUCCCUGCCACUGCGCAGGUAGGUAACUACCCAGCCGUCGCCGUACAAUGCAGAAAGCGAAAGGCUCUUCGAACCUGGUUUCCCGCCAAAUCACCAUUCUUUCGGAAACCCAUUUUCACCAAUCUUUUGCAGAGAAGCUGUUAUCCCUGUUAAAAAAAUGCACGUCCACCAAGCUCUUACAACAAAUCCACACCCAAAUGCUCGUCAAUGCCAUUCAAAAACCAAACUUCCUUCUCUCCAAAAUCAUUGACCUCAAGAACUUCGCCUACGCUUCUCUUCUCUUUUCCCAAAUCCCGCAACCCAACGAUUACGCUUUCAAUGUCAUGAUCCGUGGCCUUACCACCGCAUGGCAAAACUACCCUGCAACUCUUCAUUUCUAUUAUCAAAUGAAGUUUUUGGGUUUAAAACCAAAUAAAUUCACUUACCCUUUUCUGUUUAUUGCGUGUGCUAAUCUUUUACAGCUGACCCAUGGCCAGUUAGCUCAUUCCUCCGUGUUUAAACUUGGCUUGGACGCUGAUUCUCAUACUACUCAUUCUUUGAUAACUAUGUAUGCCCGUUGUAGCGAAUUGGGUAGUGCUCGUAAGGUGUUUGAUGAAAUAACCGACAGGGAUUUGGUGUCAUGGAACUCGAUGAUUUCGGGGUAUUCUAAAAUGAGGCAGGCGAGUGAGGCGGUGGGAUUGUUUGGGAAGAUGAGAGAAGAAGGAUUUGUACCUGAUGAGAUGACAUUAGUCAGUGUUUUGGGGGCUUGCGGGGACUUGGGGGAUUUAAGUCUAGGGAUGUGGGUGGAGGGGUUUGUUGUGAAACAUAAGAUUCAAUUGAGUUCAUAUAUUGGGUCUGCUUUGGUUGAUAUGUAUGGAAAGUGUGGGGAUUUGGUAUCGGCAAGGAGGGUCUUUGAUGGAAUGCUGGGGAAGGAUGUGGUCACCUGGAAUGCCAUGAUCACUGGGUAUGCACAAAAUGGAAUGUCAGAUGAAGCAAUCAAGUUGUUUCAUGGCAUGAACGAUGCAGGAGUUAACCCAGACAAAAGAACAUUGGCCGGAGUUCUUUCAGCAUGUGCCUCAAUUGGGGCCCUUGAAUUGGGCAAAUGGAUUGAUGCAUAUGCAUCACAAAGAGGCUUACAACAUGAUAUCUUUGUUUCUACUGCAUUGGUUGAUAUGUAUGCUAAGUGUGGGAGCUUGGAUGAUGCACGAAGAGUAUUUGAAAACAUGCCUAUUAAAAAUGAGGUUUCAUGGAAUGCAAUGAUCUCUGCUCUUGCUUUUCAUGGGCGAUCUCAGGAGGCUUUAUCACUAUUUGAGCGCAUGUCAACUGAGGGUACGGAUGCCUGUCCAAAUGAUGUGACAUUUGUGGGAGUACUUUCAGCAUGUGUGCAUGCAGGAUUGGUUGAUGAAGGCUGGCGGUAUUUUAACUUGAUGAACUUGUCAUAUGGGUUAACACCAAAAAUUGAGCAUUACUCUUGCAUGGUUGAUCUUUUGUCACGUGCUGGUAAACUUUAUGAGGCUUGGGACUUCAUUGAGAAGAUGCCUGAAAAACCAGAUGCAAUUGUAUUGGGAGCACUACUUGGUGCCUGUCAAAAGUCCAAAAAUCUUGAUCUUAGUGAGAAGGUGAUGCUACUUCUUCUUCAAAUGGAGCCUUCAAAUUCUGGAAACUAUGUUAUCUCAUCAAAGAUAUAUGCGAAAUCAAGAAGGUGGGAUGAAUCAGCACAAAUGAGGGCAUUGAUGAGACAUAGGGGUGUCAGUAAAACUCCUGGUUGUAGCUGGCUUGACAUUGAAGGUCAACUUCAUGAAUUUCUUGCCGGAGAUGACUUGCUAUAUCAUUCAAGUGAGCUUCAUCAAGUGUUUGAGUUGUUGAAUGUGGAGAUGAAGAGGGAAGGAUAUAUUCCAAAGGUUGAUUAACAAAUAGAAGUGAGAGUUCAGAAACAUUCUUUCGUCGUAAUUGUUUCAAUGCUGAAGAAACACGCUCAGAGUUCCUCUGUGGCAGGUUGGUUUUCAUGGGUUAAUGGUGUUUCCUGAUGUGUUGAGCAGCAGCAACAUGGUGAUUGUAUAAGAUAUUGUAUACAUGGUACAUUUAAAAGAAACAACCAAAUGUUUAGCUUAUGGUUGAGCUCUGAAGCGGAACUGCUAUUUGUAGAUCUAGAAGAACAGGAUACUUACAGGUUGCACUCUAAUCCUUUCUUGUAUUCAUUUAAAUUUUCAUACUAAUUUCUCAGAAAAAGCAUCUUUUACCUUGUGAGGAUUUUAAAUUUUGUUUCAGAUGACAUCAGUUGAAGACAGAAAUUCACCUGGGAUGCAUAAAUAUGUAUAUAUAUAUAUAUGUUUAAUUGAUAGCAUAGCUACAAAUGAUCUUUCAAUCUUUUACCUAUUAGGAUAUUGUAUUAUUGUCGGUAAGACUUGUUUAUGGUUUAGGUUGAGGUAGGUUAUAUGGUAAAGGCUGUCUCAGCUUGAUAUGUAAAGAACAUUAAGUUUAUUCCAUUUUAUUUAGUUUAAUAAUAAAAAUGGAUGAGUGAGAUUUGGACAAAACAUUGUCCUGUUUUAGGUUCAA